AUCAUUUCCCAAUGGUCUUCGACUAGAAGGUGUCCAUUCCAGUUCCAGUCUGCACAAGUGGCGGUUUACUAGUUUAGUGUUGUAGAUAGUGCCAAUUUGCUAUUUUAUUUUGAAAAUUUAUUAAGAAGUCAAGAGGUCAUGGAUGCAAAAUUCCACCGUGUUAAAACCAAAGAUACAGACGAAGAAGAAUUUGCUCCAAGCGAAGUAUACAGAAUUUGGAAAAAUGUUCUUGUCAUCGGGUUUGCUUUUAUGAUCCAUUUCACCGCUUUCUGGGGAACCUCGAACUUGCAGAGUUCCAUUAAUGCAGACGAUGCUCUAGGAACGUUUACUUUAGCGGCAAUCUACGCAUCUCUAAUAUUAUCCAACGUGUUCCUUCCAACUAUAGUAAUCAGGUGGUUUGGAUGCAAAUGGACGAUAGCGUUAUCCUUCAUUACCUACAUGCCUUUCAUGAUAGCACAAUUUUAUCCGAAAUUUUACACAAUGAUCCCAGCUGGUUUGGCGGUUGGUUUUGGAGGAGGUCCCCUAUGGUGUGCAAAAUGUACUUAUUUGACAGUUAUUUCCGAAGCAUAUGGACAACUUACUGGAACUUCGGCCGAGAUUGCUGUCACACGUUUCUUUGGUGUAUUUUUUAUGUUUUACCAGUUUUCGCAAGUUUGGGGAAAUCUUAUCAGCUCGGCAGUUCUCUCCUCUGGAGGAAUCCCUGAGUCGACCGCACUCUUGACCAACACAACGGUUUCAAACCUAACGUCAUUGUUAUCCGAAACCGUGGUUAAAUCCUUACAGGAUGAAAAACCGAAUGAUAUAUGUGGCGCCAAUUUCUGUCCGGGGACGGUAACCGAAGCGGCGAACCCAAAUCUGCAUCCUCCAGAAACAUCAAAAAUUCAUCUAAUCACAGGAAUUUAUCUAGCUUGCAUGGUGGGAGCUUGUCUGGUAGUGGCUAUUUUUGUUGAUCCAAUGAACAGAUAUGGAAAAGGGCGAAAAGGGAGCGGAAGUGGACUCUCUGGAAUUAAGUUGCUUGCAGUUACUAUAAAACAACUUGCCAAUCCUUAUCAAAUAUUAAUACUUCCAAUUACAAUGUUCAUUGGAGCUGAACAGGCUUUCAUCGCUGCAGAUUUCAAUGCUGCCUUCGUUUCCUGCGGUUGGGGAAUAAGCAACAUUGGCUUCGUGAUGAUCUGCUUUGGCAUCUGUAACGGAAUAGCCGCCAUCUUCAUCGGAAACUUAAUCAAAAUAACCGGAAGAAGCCCAGUCAUAUGUUUUGCCUUAUCUCUACACGUGGCACUUAUUGUGACUCUUCUUGUUUGGCAACCAGCUUAUUCGAAUAAACUGGUUUAUUUUGCGAUUGCUGCUCUGUGGGGAAUCUGCGACGCCGUCUGGCUUGUACAAAUUAACUCGUUGAGUGGAAUUCUCUUCCCUGGUAAAGAAGAAGCAUCGUACAGUAAUUUCCGUUUGUGGGAAUCAACCGGAUCUGUCAUAACAUACGUUUACAGUCCAUAUUUGUGCACCGACGUAAAACUCUAUCUACUUUUGGGACUUUUACUUAUUGGAGCUUCAGGUUAUACAGCAGUAGAAUAUAAACAAUAUAAAAAGAAACACGCAGAAAAGGAUCAAAGAACAAAAGGAAAAUUUGAACUUGUUCACAAUAAUGUUAAUUCGGGCGAAAUCGCCGAAUAAUUUAGUUAAGUCUGUGAUCGAAUUUUAUUAUUCGAUAGAUUCUGUGAAUCUAACAAUGCACCUGUAUAUGAUCAUUAAUAAAAAGUGUUUUAUUUAACAA